UUGUUGUCUGGUAUUUGAUUUCAGACGUGUGUUUGUGACUUUCAUCAACCAGAGACACUGAAGGCAAUGCUAAAGGAACUGAAGAUUACAGAUGAACCUGCCAGUGAAGACAGGCUGUUGGACAUGUGUAAAGAUGUUAUACAGUACAGUGUCAAAACAUCAAAUCCGCGGUUCUUUAAUCAGUUAUAUGGUAGUAUGAAUCAGUAUUCACUAGCGGGUACCUGGCUGACAGACGCCUUGAAUCCUUGCAUGUACACAUACGAGGUAGCUCCGGUCUUUACUUUGAUGGAGGAUGAAAUAUACAGUAAAAUGUUACAUUACGUUGGAUUUGACGGUGGUGAUGCUAUUUUUGUACCAGGAGGGUCGAUGGGAAAUAUGUAUGGGAUGAAUGUUGCACGUUAUGCUAAAUUUCCAGAAAUCAAAACUGACGGUUUAUAUGCUGUAAAGAAACCUCUUUGUAUCUUCACGUCUGAAAAGUGCCACUAUUCAGUAAUGAAGAGUGCAGCAUUGAUGGGGAUCGGUAUAAACAAUAUCAUCUUUGUUAAGUCAGACAAAAUAGGCAAAAUGAUUCCAGAUGAGCUAGACAGGCAUAUAAAUGAGGCCAACGAAAAGGGUUAUGAGCCAUUCUUUGUAAAUGCUACAGCAGGAACAACUGUUCUAGGAGCUUAUGAUCCUCUAGAUGAAAUAUCUGAUGUUUGUAAGAAGCACGGGCUCUGGUUGCACGUGGACGGUGCCUGGGGUGGAAGUGCAGCUAUGUCCACCAAAUAUAAAUAUCUUUUGAAGGGAAUUGAAAAAGCAGAUUCAAUGAUAUGGAACGCUCAUAAGAUGAUGGGUGUCCCACAGCAAUGCUCCAUAUUUCUAACAAAACACAAGGGUAUAAUAAAGGAUUGUCACAGCGCUAAUGCCAGUUAUUUGUUUCAACCAGACAAGAACUACGAUGUUUCUUUUGACACUGGUGACAAGUCUGUACAAUGUGGUAGAAAGGUUGAUGUGUUUAAACUGUGGAUGUUAUGGAAGAAGGAAGGAGAUAGUGGGAUGGAGAGUCGAAUAGAUCACCUGUUUAUGCUGUCUAGAUAUUUAUCUGACAAGUUAAAGAAGACACCAGGGUUCAAACUUAUACAGGAGCCAGAGUGCACCAAUGUUUGUUUCUGGUAUAUACCCCCUAGCUUGAGAGGUCAACAGGAGACUAAAGAAUGGUGGGAUAAACUUGCUAAGGUUGCCCCAGCAAUUAAAGCCAGUAUGAUGCAGUGUGGCUCCAUGAUGAUUGGAUAUAACCCAGACGGAGAUCUUGUCAACUUUUUCAGAAUGGUUCUCACUAAUUUUGACACAGCAACAGAAGAUAUGGAUUUCCUCGUGCAGGAGAUAGAUAGACUAGGCCGUGAUUUAUAAUUGAAAAAAAAAUCGGCAGUACAACGUAAAUGGUUACAAGUGAAGCCGAUCGGGAACCAAGCUGACACCAAUGCAUGUUUUCCUAGCUUCAAUAACUAUACGUGUCUUGUACUGAAUUAAAUUCAAACACUUUUACUUUUAUCCUGACUAUUACCUUAAAAUGUUGCUGAAUGACAUUAUGCAGUUGUGUAUGUUUGCAAAAUAAGUAGUAAAGCUUGAAGCUUUUAACAAUUAGGCCACAGGAACCCCUAAAUUCCACAGUUUUGUGAUAUUACUAUAGCAGUAGCACAUGAUACAAGUGCAAUAAACUAUAUGUGCAGAAGUAUUCACGGGCUUAAAAGUUUUUCUUAAUCGAUCUAUGUUCGCAUAUCUUCAAAACUAUCUUCAGACUAUCAAUAUAUUUCCAUAUUUCAAAUGUUUUCAUGAGUUUAGAUAUAUACCUUUUUUUUGUAAAAUUAUCGAUAAUCAAAUAAGAAUUUGUUGUAGUAUUUUCUUGUAAAGAUUUUGAAGUGUUGUGUUAUUUUCUAUUUACUUUUCAUUUCAUUUUUUGUGCCCCCACUUUAGUGGCGGGCAUUUAGAUUUACCCUUGUCCGUCUGUCCGUCCGUUCACUUUUGUGUCACACAUAACUCAAAAAGUAUUUGACCGAGAGUCAUGAAACUUUACAGGAAUGUUGAUCAGCAUGUGUAGUUGUGCACCUGGGUAAUUUGGUCUGGAUAUUUUUAGUAUUUUUAGAGUUAUUGCCCUUGAUUUAGUAAAAUUUUGCAAUUUUCAACUUGUGUCGCAUAUAACUCAAAAAGUAUUUGACCGAGAGUCAUGAAACUUUACAGGAAUGUUGAUCAGCAUGUGAAGUUGUGCACCUGGGUAUUUUCGUCUGGAUAUUUUUAAGUAUUUUUGGAGUUAUUGCCCUUGACUUAGUAAAAUUUUGCAAUUUUCAACUUGUGUCGCAUGUAACUCAAAAAGUAUUUGACCGAGAGUCAUGAAACUUUACAGGAAUGUUGAUCAGCAUGUGUUGUUGUGCACCUGGGUAUUUUCGUGUGGAUAUUUUUAGUAUUUUUUGAGUUAUUGCCCUUGAUUUAGUAAAAUUUUGCAAUUUUCAACUUGUGUCGCAUGUAACUCAAAAAGGAUUUGACAUAGAGUCAUGAAACUUUACAGGAAUAUUGAUCAGCAUGUGUAGUUGUGCACCUGGGUAUUUUCAAUUGGAUUUAUCCAGUAUUUUUAGAGUUAUUGCCCUUGACUUAGAAAUUUUUUGCAAUUUUCAACUUGUGUCGCAUGUAACUCAAAAAGGAUUGACAUAGAGUCAUUAAACCUUAUGGGAAGGUUGCUCAGCAUAUUUAGUUUUGCACCCGGGGUUUUGCUUGUGGAUUUAUCCAGUAUUUGUAGAGUUAUUUCCCUUGACUUAGUAAAAACUGUUUCAUUAUAUUGUUAUUUGUUCCUUGAGUGCUUGAGUUAUUACAGGAAUAAUAAUCACUAAAUUAACUAGGAACUAGAAUUUAGUUAUCACUAAAUAAACAUCACUAAAUUACAGGAAUAAUGAUACACAUCACUGUGAAGCUAUGAACCUGGGACUUUGCAUGUGGAUUUUUUUUCAGUUUUGUAAAAGUUGUUGCCCUUGACUUACAGUAGUAUAAAUUUGCAAUUUUCAAUUUGUUCAUGCAUAGCUCAACAAGAGCACCGCUAGGAGGAGCAUUAUAUGCCCGAAAGUGAUUCUUUUUUUUUUUAGUAAAGAUAAAGCAUUUGAAAGACAUGGGAAUUAAAUAAAGUAUUACCUUCUUCACAAAACAAUCCUCCUUUGAAGUUUCAAUAUUGUGGUCCAAAUGGAACUUAAGUUAUGCCCUGGAAACUGUUUUCAGUUCUAAGGUAAUAGUGACCUUGACCUUUGACCUUGUGACCCCAAAAUCAAUAGGGGUCUUCUACCCAAUAUGGACAAUCAUACUAUGAAGUUUAAACACAGUGGGCCAAAUGAAACUAAAGUCAUGUUCCGACAACUGUUUUCAGUUUUAAGGUCAUAGUGACCUUUGACCUUGUGACCCCAAAAUCAAUAGGAGUCUUCUACCUAAUAUGGACAAUCAUCCUAUGAAGUUUGAAUAUUGUGGGUCAAAUUGAACUUAAGUUAUGCUAAAGAAACUGUUUUCAAUUUCUAAGUAAUAGUGACUUUGACCGUGUGACCCCAAAAUCAAUAGGGGGACUCUUCAACCCAAUAUGGACAAUCAUCCUAUGAAGUUUGAACACUGUGGGCCAAAUGGAACUUAAGUUAUCCUCCGGAAACUGUUUUCAGUUUUAAGGUCAUAGUGACUUUGACCUUGUGACCCAAAAAUCAAUAGGGGUCUUCUACCCAAUAUGGACAUUCAUCCUAUGAAGUUUGAACACUGUAGGCCAGAUGGAACUUAAGUUAUGCGCCGGAAACUGUUUUCAGUUUUAAUGUCAUAGUGACCUUGACCUUUGACCUUGUGACCCCAAAAUCAAUAGGGGUCUUCUACCCAAUAUGGACAUUCAUCCUAUGAAGUUUGAACACUGUGGGCGAAAUGGAACUUAAGUUAUGCUCCUGAAACUGUUUUCAGUUUUAAGGUCAUAGUGACUUUGACCUUGUGACCCCAAAAUCAAUAGGGGUCUUCUACCCGAUAUGGACAAUCAUCCUAUGAAGUUUGAAUACUGUGGGCCAAAUGGAACUGAAGUUAUGCUCCGGAAACCAAAUUGCUAACGGAUGGACGGACGGACGCCAGGGGGUAUAACAUAAUAUGCCCGAAAUUCUUUCGGGCAUAUAAAAAGUAUUGUAGGCUUGAAAGUUUACAAGAAUGUUGGUCAGCAUGUGUACUUAUGCACCUUGGGGUUUGCUUGUGGAUUUAUUCAGUAUUUGUAAAGUUCUUGCCCUUUACUUAGUAAAAGAUUUUUAGUUUUCAAAAAAUAUUUUACCUAGAGUCAUAAGAUUGACAGAACAGUGGCGCGGUGGGGGCACCCGUGUCCUAUGGACACAUUUCUAGUUUUCUUUUGUUUUAAAUGAAGCCAUAUCUAGCAAGUUGGUGCAACAUUAUACUUAAUGUAAAUGCAUACAUGUAUAUAAAAUGUUUCAACAUUACUUCAGUUGGUGAAAUACUUGUGCACUAUUCAAGUAUUAUGACUACAACAUAAUACUCAGGAUAUUCAAAAAAUUAUUAUUACCAGUGUAUUUGAAUUAAAGAUAUUAAAACAAAA